CUGUACUCGUAUUGAUUCUGCUGAGACCAUCAUCAGGACACCAGCAUGAUCGAUCCUGAAAGACAGACCUGAAACCUAUGCAGUUCACUCUGUCCACCGAAUGCAGGUAGUGAUUAUUGACCUCAAGUCAACCGUGCAAUCUCCCCUCCCCACCACCAUUCGAUCUGCGUACCGCACGCACGCACAGGUACACACAGAUACCAUAAGUACAGAUACACACAGCCAUGCUCCAAUUAUCCUCCGCCAACACUCCGAAAUCUGUCCACGGCAGCAGUUCCAGUUCGCCAGACCCUCUCGCUAGUUCCUUUCACGACGACAACGAAAGCAACAUCGCCCUUAGUCGAUCCGCACCCUCGAAUCGACCAAGUUCAUCACCUAGCAAAAGCUCGCAAAAACCCAUUCCAAUAGCCACGAGCUUUGACUACAACGCAAUCCCUUCGUCACCCUUUCGCACCGUGUCAGAACAGAACCUCAGCCCCUGGAAGAUCCGAGUGACUGUGGAAGCAGAACCGGAAGAGAUGGAGGAUGACAUGGAUGGAAGUACGAGUGGUAUGACCGGGGGCACCGCAACGAUGACUCGAACCAUGAAAAUCCCUCUGCGACAAGAUUCAUCCCCUACUUCAUCGCGAGGGCGAGCAUCUCAAAAUACCAGUUCGGAUAACACGAGAAGAAGAACAAGAAGGAGCGCCACUCCAGUUCGUUCCGCUCGUGGCAGCAGUCGUUCGCGCAGACAGAGUGUGACAGACUUGGACGUUCGACCCUUGGGAGACGAUGCAGACAGUGAUGACUGGACUAAGAGGACUAGGAGGAAGAGCCCAUCCCCACGCAAACGAAGGACAACGUCGCGCAAAAGUGGAAGCACAAGCUCGGCGGCAGCGGUCGACGUUGAGCAUGAUUCUUCAAUAACCGUGGAACCAGCUGGUGGCGCGAAGAAAGGAUCACUGUCCACAGCCGAUUUUGAGAUCCGCCCUGAUACGGAUGCAGAAGAUGACAAUGGUAUCUUCCAUCAAGACAACGAGUCACACGCUAGCAAUUCCCCAGAGCUGCGACACAUCGACCUAAAUAGAGUUUCGGUUCGACAUCGAGCGGCUUUGAGUAAAUCACGGACGACGGAUGAAGAUGUGGUUCAAUCUCUUCCUUCUGGUCAACUUAACAACCUCCAGCGUCUCAGCCGUCCCUCCACCGACACCCGCAAAGUCUCAGUCAACAGCGCCAUCAGCUAUCCAACCCCGUCACCUACCUCGUCCUAUCAUGGCGAGUCGGAUGAUUUGGGACAAUUUGUGGAUGAAAAAGAACAACAGCAAAUGGAGGUCGGAUUUGAUACAGUUCUGGAAAGUGAAGGGUUCACCAUGAUCGAUCUCGAUUCAAUCCCAUCAGCGAGACAGUUGAGGAAUAAUCUUGCUGAUACUGUUGAAGAGAUCGAGGAAAAUCGGGAUAAUCGGUCACCGCAGCUCGAACCAAAACAUGACAUUCCCAAUGUGGUUGUGUCAUCUUCAAGACAGCAAUCGGUUCUAAAAUACCCAGCAUUGAACCUCCUUGAUGAGAGUGAUCUCUCCAGCACCGUCCCGUCAUCACCCCCGCCAGCUAUACAACAGCCUAGCAGAUCUCUACUCAGUGCUCCCGUCAUCACCAACAGAAAAGUCACACCUCAAAUAUGCCCAUCUCCCGAAUUACCUUCUCCUCCCAAGCAGGUGAUUCGACGCACUCCACAGCACGCUCAUCGCGGAUCAGCAGGUGCAUUGUUCGCGGGGAUUGCAUUACAAGAUGUGGUCUCACCAGACCAUCCCAGUCAGUUGAGCUCAGUGGCGUCCAAAGACUCGACACGUCGAUCACAGGAGCUCGAGGGUCCUUUGUUUGGAGGGUUUGACUCCGGCACCAAGCGAGAGCUCAGGGCUGGUCUUCGAUUUGGAGAGGAGCUCGCAAAACGACAGUCAUCCAGUCCUGCAGAAAAGGAGACUCGCGAUGUCGGUGUGAUCAACCAGGUUCGGAGUAAGGAUCUUCCCAAAUAUCAGGCUCACCAGCACGAGAAAACUCAGCCGCAAACACAGGUCUGGCGUGGAGAGACCACCGUACAACAAACACCUGUACAGUUGCCCUCGAAUCCUAUUUCCAAGGAUAAUGACUUUGGGCACCCGCUGAUGCAAACACCCGACCAUCGCACUCUGGACACAGCGGACAAAUCAUUCCUGGACACUCAGGCGCGUCGAGAGAGGGAGUGGCAGCUUGAGCGGGAAGAAAUCAUCCGACAAAUCCAGAAUGCUAGCGAGAGCCAGGUGAUUGUCAUUGACAGUAGUGACGAUGAAGACGAGGUUGAACAGAAGUCUUCGAACCAGGGACAACAUGUUCACACUUCCGACUCCGAAACCCUCACCGACCUUGGAGCUCCCGGACCGAGUAUCGAAAAUGACCAUGAAAAUGACGAUUACGAAGACAUCUGGCUUGCCGAAGCAAAGAAUUCUUCCAGUCCACAAGGAGAAAGCCAUGUGGAUAGACCACCAGGUCAAGAGAUACUCCCCAGAAAAUCUGCUCAAGAAGUUGAAGAAAAUACUGUCACAGCUCGUCCCCGUCGAAGCCUGAUCCCUAGUCCUUGGAAGAGAGGCGACGACAUCGCCGUUCCCCAAGAGCAAUCCACAUUUUUGACAUCCAAUCUCGACGAUCAAAGCGGAAUGCUGUUUUGGAAAGAACCUGACCCCGCCAAAUUGAAAUUCGGAGCUGGUGAGAUCAGAAGAGAGAAACAAGGCAGAAACCGAGCCAGUGGUAUGUUCGAUAUGGACAUCAUGGCUGGCACGCCCAGAAAAGAUGGACCCCUGUAUCGGAGAAUCAGUUUCAGCUCUCCUAUCAAGGAUACUAACACAGAGGACAAAGACGAAGAUCAAGAUCAAGAUCAGGAGUCGCAUGAAAAUGAGAAUGAGAUCGAACGAGUAUCCUCCCACCAUAUAGAACACAGCACCAUCUCCACCGAAGGAGGUGAAGAAUCAUCUCUCGAUCCCAUCAACAACACACUCGGUGCUCCAGAAGGUAUCUCCUCACCAUCACCACCCGCCACCAGAGUUACUGUGAAUUUCAACGACUCCAUGAACGAAAUGACAACUCCUCCACCUCGAUUCCCAGCCGCUACCUCCACAACCACGAUGCAAUCUCCAAUGCGCCCACCAACACCUCGCUCUGCUAUGAAAGGCACAAGACUUAGCAUGGCCCAAGCCCAAGCCAGUGAAGAAGACAAUUCUGCAACGCCACUUGCUGUUCGACGCGUCAUUUUCAGUGAACGAUCUCGUGGUGUGGAUGUCAAUGGCAUGGAAAGCAGUUUUAGCAUGAAAUCGACAACCGACGAUUCGAUCCAUGAUUCGGUGGCAGGACAUUUGGCGGAGCAAUUGAAUCGGGAGUUGCAGGGCAGUGAACCUCAAGACCACAGUUCUGCUCAAUGGGAUGAAGAAGAUGUUACAGAGGAGGAGGGAGAGAAAAUGGAGUCGUUGGGUGAUGAGGAGAUGUCAGAAGAUAUUACGCCGACUCCGAUUAAGGAUGUUGUCGGUCGAGAGAAGGAGGCGAAGUCUCAAUCUGGUUGGAGGAAGUGGAUAUGGGGAUCUGGGUCGAAAGUUGAGCAAGAGCAAGAGCAAAAGCAAGAGACGAUCGACAAUCAAUCCAUGUCAAGUGGUGCUGAUGACAGUCGACUUGACGAUACAUCCGGCUGGACCAGAACCAAAACCUCCAUCCCAUCCACAGCAAACACCUCGAAAAUCCCAUCCCAAUCAUCCCAACCAUCCCACUCUCGCCCAUCACCAUCCCUCCCAUCCUACCUCCUCCCCCCUUCCUACCCAUCCGACCCCCGCCGCUCAAUUACUUCCCCCCUCUCCACAUCCGGCUCCUUCACCAACACGCAUUUCCGCACUCUACACAUCAUCUACCGCAAAUCACUACGUCCACGAUUUCACGGCCCACGCUCAAUCCGUCCAUGUAUCCAAGCCCUCCUAGGCAAAGAAAUGGAGAUCGACGAGACCGAGGCUGGAAUCGAUCGUGGCGUCAUGACUUGGACGGUCGGGGAGGGGGAAUUGGAAGUCUUGGAGAGGUUCAUGCAGGAGGUGGAGUGGGGAUAUGGUGUUGGACCGGAGAGGAGAGAUGGAAGGGAUGGGAGGGAUGAUGGCAAAGAGGUUAUUUGGGGUUGGUCGCCGGAGCAGUUGGUGGGUUGGCUUUGUCGGAUUGUGGUGGGCGAGGUUGUGAGGGAGGAGGAGGCGAAGGCAAAGCCAAAGGCGAAGACGAAGGCGAGAGAUGGAAGGGGGAAGGGGGAGGGGAAGAGGGGAGAGAGAGAGAAAGAGAAGAUGAAGACGAGGGCUUGAGUUGAGUUGAUUUUGGGGAAAGGGGAGUGAGGCUCAGGCUAAAAGAGAGAGGAGGGUCGGUGAAUGGAUGGAUAUCCGGAUGUAUGGUGUCACGGUUGUAUGGAUUGUAAUUUGUUUUGCGGCUAUGAAUAAUGAAUGAUACAGUUUGUCAAUUGCA